AUGUGUUGCAACAAUGGUAAGAUUCAAUUGCCAACAACACAAUUGCCCCCGCCGCAGAUAUAUGACCUUUUCUUUGGAGUUGGUGAAAAAAGCAAGCAUUUCUUGAACAACAUAAGAACGUACAAUAAUAUGUUCUGCUUUACAUCAAUGGGUGGUAAGAUAGACAGAGAUGUGAACAAAAACGGUGGUCCACCGGUUUUUCGGAUACAUGGACAAAACUUCCACUACAUUGGUAGUCUUUUGCCUGUGGACGGGAAAAGACCACAUUUUGCGCAGUUGUAUAUAUAUGAUACUAAUAAUGAAUUGGUGAAUCGUCUCAAUUCCGUAAGGCCAAACGGUGAUGUAAAUGACAUCCAUGAAGAAAUUGUCAAGGAUAUUCAACAAGCGUUGGAUGCAAAUAAUGUUUUGGUAAAGAUAAAAUUGCUUGAUAAGAGAUCAAAGGAUGCGAGAACGUACAAUUUGCCACAAGUUUUUGAAGUUGCUGCAGUAAUUGUUGGUGAUAUGGAUGCAAAUAUUGGAGAGCGUGACAUCGUUGUGGAAACGAAGAGCGGCCUAUUACAACGAAUUAGUGAACUAAACCCAGCUUACUUACCAAUGCAAUACCCAUUGUUGGUUCCUUACGGUGAGGACGGUUAUAGAGAAGACAUCAGAUUCUCCACCGUAAAAGGAAACAGUUCGGGUGGUCGUCAAAGGAUUAGUCCGAGGGAAUAUUUUUCAUACCUUAUACAGUCAAGAUUGUCGCUGGGUUCUACAUUACUGCAUGCAAAAAGGCUUUUCCAACAAUUUUUGGUGGAUGCGUAUACAAUGGUGGAGUCUGGAAGGUUGAUAUAUAUAAGGACACACCAAAAAAGUUUGAGGUGCGAAACAUAUAAUUGCCUGAAUGAUGCAUUAACACGCGGUGAAGUGGAUCCUCGGACUCAAGGAAAGAGAAUAAUAUUGCCUUCAAGUUUUACUGGUGGUGCUAGAUACAUGAUACAAAAUUACCAGGACGCUAUGGCUAUAUGUAGAUGGGUUGGAUACCCGGAUCUCUUUAUCACAUUCACAUGCAAUCCAAAAUGGCCUGAGGUGAAACGGUUCUUGAUGGAUCGUAAUUUAAAACCAGAAGACCGGCCUGACAUUAUAUGUAGAUUAUUCAAGAUGAAGUUGGAUGCUUUAAUUUCGGACUGCAGGAAAAACAAGUUGUUUGGACCCGUCAUUGGAGUUAUCUAUACCAUCGAAUUUCAAAAGCGUGGCCUACCGCAUGCUCAUAUACUUUUAUUUCUCGAUAAGCAACAUGGAGCAUCACAUGGGAUACAUUUGGACAACAUUAUUUCAGCUGAGUUACCUGAUCCAAUACUAGAUCCAGAAUACUUCAAAGCUGUGGAUGAGUUUAUGAUGCACGGUCCUUGCGGUAGAGCUCGGUUGAAUUCUCCAUGCAUGGCGAAGGGUAAAUGUACUAAACACUUUCCCAAAAAGUUUGUUAAUGUUUCUACUUUUGACGAUGAUGGUUAUCCUAUAUAUCGGAGACGUGACAAUGGUCGUUCAGUGGUGAGAAAUGGGAUCAACUUGGACAAUCGAUACGUGGUGCCACACAAUAGGCAUUUGUUGUUAAAGUAUAGAGGUCAUAUUAAUGUUGAAUGGUGCAACCAGUCCCGGUCAAUAAAGUACCUCUUCAAAUACGUAAACAAGGGUAACGACAGGGUGACAGCAGAGUUCUACCGAAGUAACAGCGAGGAAGAGGGACCGCAAUUAAGAACACCAUCAGUGGAACGAUUAAGCUUUCACUUGCCAAAUCAACAGAGUGUAGUUUUUGCAGACGAUGAUCCGGUUGACAACAUACUCAGUCGACCAACUAUAUUGCAAAGCAUGUUCCUAGAAUGGUUUGAGGCAAAUAAAACAUACCCAGAAGCAAGGAAAUUGACAUAUGCUGAAAUGCCCACCAAGUUUGUAUGGAAAAAAGAUAUCAGGAAAUGGCAGCCAAGGAAAAGAGGAUUUGCAAUAGGUAGAGUGUUCUAUGUGCCUCCUGGCAGUGGCGAGAUCUUUUAUUUGCGAUGUCUGCUAAAUAAAGUUCAAGGGCCAACCAGUUUUGCAGAUAUUAAAAAAGUGAAUGGUGUGCAGUACGAAUCAUUUAGGGAUGCGUGUUCAGCUAGAGGAUUAGUAGACGACGAUAAGGAGUAUGUUAAUGCUAUAGAAGAAGCAGGUCAGUGGGCCACAGCUGCGAAUUUGAGGAGAUUGUUUGUGACUUUGUUGAUGUCAAACUCAAUGUCACACCCAGAAGUAGUGUGGGAAUCUACGUGGAACUCUUUGACUGAAGAUGCACAAUUCAAGAUUAGAGAACAGACUGGACUUGGAGAUUUAAUUUUAUCUGAAGAUCAGAAAAAGAAUUAUGCACUUUCAGAGAUACAAAUACUUCUGACUAAUUUGGGAAAGAGUUUGAAAGACUUUCCGUCAAUGCCCUUCCCUGAUUUACAGAAUCUUGACAAAGCAACCAAUAGGUUAAUACAAGAGGAAUUGGCAUAUGACAGAGAUGCAAUGAAGGAAGAGAAUGAUAGUUUGGUGAAGCAACUAACUGAAGAACAAAAGGCAAUAUAUGACAACGUAUUGCACGAUGCUGAGAAUGAGGUUGGGGGAUUUUUUUUUGUGUAUGGAUACGGUGGUACAGGGAAAACCUUCUUGUGGAGAGCAUUGUCUUCCGCUUUGAGGUCAAAGGGUGAGAUAGUUUUAAAUGUUGCAUCAAGUGGCAUAGCUUCGCUAUUAUUACCAGGGGGAAGAACAGCGCAUUCUAGGUUUGCAAUACCAAUCGCUGUCAAUGAAGAUUCAACUUGCAAUAUCAGUCAAACCAGUCCGUUGGCACACUUGAUCAUGCAAUGUAGGUUGAUCAUUUGGGAUGAGGCACCAAUGAUGCAUAAAUUUUGCUUUGAAGCUUUGGACCGAACUAUGAGAGAUCUACUGCGUGUUCAAAAUCCAAGAAGUUUUGAAAUGACUUUCGGUGGAAAAACAGUCGUGUUAGGUGGAGACUUCAGACAAAUUUUACCAGUAAUUCCAAAGGGUACAAGGCAAGAUAUUGUGGGAGCAAGUAUAAAUUCAUCAUACCUUUGGAGAAGUUGUAAAGUUUUUAGGCUAACAAAGAAUCUACGGCUUAGGGCAUUGCAAUCAGAUUCGGGAGUUCAAGAGAUUGAAGAAUAUGCAAAGUGGAUUGCUAAUAUAGGUGACGGAACGAUUGGUGAUUCAUUGGAUGGAGAGUCUGAGAUCAAUAUUCCAGAAAAAUUCUUACUCAAGUCAGUGGAGGAUCCUAUUGCUACAAUGGUUGAUAGCAUAUUCCCGGGGUUUCGUACUGGAAAUAGAGAUGUCAAAUAUCUUAAAGAUUGUGCAAUUUUGGCACCAACUUUGGACGUGGUAGAUAACAUCAAUGAAUACAUGAAUGAAUAUAAUACUGCUGAAGGAAUGACAUAUCUCAGUUGUGAUUCGGUAUGCAAAUCUGAUUCCAAUGUUGACAUGCUUGCUGAUCUACACACACCGGAGUUUUUAAAUGGCUUACGAUGUUCGGGAGUACCAAAUCACUCAUUGACUUUAAAAGUGGGAUCACCGGUCAUGCUCUUGAGAAAUAUUGAUCACUCUUUGGGGUUGUGCAAUGGUACAAGGAUGAUCAUUUCAAAGUUGGCUACUCAUGUUUUAGAAGCUCAAAUAUUGACCGGAACAAGUGCUGGUACAAAGCCAGGGACAAACAUUGUCAAACGUCGGAUUAUUUUUGAAGAGGCCGGUGUUUAA